GGGCUACAUUACAAGCUGUACGCUGAAGAACGUCACAAAUAUGCGCCUUGGAAUUGAAGAUUCUUCAUUUGAAGAGGCACAUGCUCCGAAAACUAAACGAAGAAAGAUGACUACAUACAAUUAUUCAACUCGUGGCAAUCCAGAGGGAAAUAGCAUUUUACAGGAGGACCAACCUAAGCUAACAGCACCCCCUAACAGUGACAAUGACUCUCUGAAUUCUUCAUUUGGGACAAUGUCUAGUCCUCCAAAGAAACGAAAGGUGUUUAGAAACCAGAAACAACUAGCAAAAGCCACACAGAAAUAUCACUCUAAGAAAGACACAAUGUACAGUGACACAGAUCUGUCUACACUGGACCAGACAGAUACACCCGAUUCACUUAGUAUGAUUAGUGCCAUCAACCCAGUGUCAGAUAUGUCCAUGCAGACAACAUUCUCACGCAUGCAAAAGCCAAUAGGACGAGCUGAUGUGACAAUGGAAAGAGCUGUACAGCGUGCACGUGGACAGCCUGACGGAGCAGAAAAAUCUUUCCAUAGGAUGGCCAGCAAAGGCGUACAAAGGUACCCCACAAUAGAGGAGGUGAGAGAGUCCGCUGAGGGUGUAACAGACACAAGUUCCAACCGCAGUGAGGGAGACUCGGGUAAUCUGAUGCCACCUCCAGCUGCCCCACAGCCAAUGGAACGCAGGAAAUCCAUACGAGUGAAGAUUUCCAAAGUUGCAAACAAUGCAGCGGGCAAACUGAAAGGACUGAAGGCAAAGAAAAACCUGAAUGACAGUCGGACGGGGCUUAAUGCUGGGAAGAGGAGACUGGAAGAGUCGCAGGCAGUAGAAACAGAUGAAUCCAAGAAAACCAAACUGAAGGAGCUUCCUUUCAAGGACAGGAGGAAAGUGAGGAAAAUGUUGAAGAAUAACUUCAGCAUGAUACAGCGGUCCAAACAAAUCUGGGAUGAAUUGAGAAGACAUGAUGUGAAAGAGAAGAGGAGGUCAGAGUUAUGCUCAGAACUAAUGACCAUGGUCAAGGGCAACAUGAAGGAGCUUGCCUUUGCCCACGACACAGCACGAGUGCUGCAGUGUUUAGUCCAGUAUGGUACACCAGAUAAAAGGGAAGAAGUCUUCAGUGAACUGAAAGAUCAGAUGUGCAUGAUGGCAAAGUCCAAGUACGCCAAAUUUAUUGUGAAGAAGUUUUUAGUGUAUGGGACAAAAGUACAUCGAAACGCAGUCAUAAAAGGUUUCAAAGGCAGUGUUAGGAAACUGGUUCGUCACAAAGAAGCAUCUGAUGUCGUGGAGUUUGCCUACAAUGAAUAUGCCAUCGCAUCACAGAGAUUAUCAUUACUAGAAGAGUUUUAUGGUCCAAGUUUUAUGCUUUUCAAGACCCCAGACGUAAAGUCCCUGGACCAGAUGUUACUAGUACAGCCAGACAAGAGAGACAUGAUUCUAAGUAAUAUGAAAGAGGCCCUUCUUCCUCUCAUAGACAAGGAAGUGCUGAAACACACAAUGGUCCAUAGGGUGUUCUUUGAGUUCUUUGUCUACGCAUCAGACAAGAUGAGGACUGACAUGGUGGAAUCUCUGAGAGACUGUGUGAUCCACAUGAUGCACACACGAGAUGGGUCCAGGGUGGCUAUGUACUGUCUCUGGUAUGGUACAGCAAAGGACAGAAAGGUGAUAAUCAAGACAUUUAAGACACACGUGGUAAAGAUUUGUAAGGAGGAGCACAGUCACAUGGUACUAUUAGCCAUGUUUGAUGUGGUAGAUGACACCAAGAUUGUACAGAAAGCAAUCCUUGAGGAAAUGUUGAAAUCUUUAAAUGAAGUGGCCACAGACCAACAAGGCAGGAAGGUAUUACUCUACUUACUCAGCCCUAGGGACCCCCAUCACUUUCACCCAGACAUUGUACGUGUACUUCUGGAGGGAGACAAGAACCCACACAGCAAGAAGGACAAGUCAUUACGACACAAGGAGUUAUUAGAGUUUGUGUCGUCUGAACUGCUCCAGUACAUUGUGGACAACACACGUGAUAUGGUCCUGGACAAUGCCUCAAUGCUUCUCCUCUUGGCCAUUCUCACCCAUGCUAUCGGUGAUCCCUCAGCAGCCAUGAAGGCUAUGGCCAAGAUAGCAGCUGAACCAUUUGUAGCUGGAAGUUUGGACAACAUGCACAUAGUGGAGCAUUCCGCAGGUCACAUGACACUAAAAAGGCUAAUACAGAAUGAUCGUGACCGUAUUCAGGCAGGGCACACAGUGCUAUUCUCCCAAGUGCUCCUGGAUACCCUGGCAGAAGGUUCUCUCAAGUCCUGGGCUGCGUGUAACAGGGGAUGCUUCAUGCUCAUAUUUCUGUUGGAACUUGACCACCCAGACAUUACAGACAGAGUGAUCACACAACUGACCGGUAUCAGAAAGGCACUAAAGAAAAUGACCUUCAAAGGAGCACAGAUUCUUCUGCAGAAACUGGACGCUCUCAGUGGAGAAUACAAGCUGUGAAUAAUUGCACAAACUGGACGCUUUCAAUGGAGAAUACAAGCUGGGAAUAAUGACAGAAACUGGACACUCUCAGUGGAGAAUACAAGCUGUGAAAAAUUGCACAAACUGGACGCUUUCAAUGGAGAAUACAAGCUGGGAAUAAUGACAGAAACUGGACACUCUCAGUGGAGAAUACAAGCUGUGAAAAAUUGCACAAACUUGUCACUUUCAAUGGAGAAUACAAGUUGUGAAUAAUGACAGAAACUGGAAGCUCUCUGGAGAAUACAUGCUGGGAAAUUUAUGUUCUCAUGAUCAGUGAAGAAUACAAAUUAAAUUUUAAAUUAAAUUAAAGUUUUUAUUGUUGACAAGAUCUGGAUGAAAAGGAAUAAUGUGUAACUCAAACUGAAGAAAAUAAAUCUGUAAAUUAUAAGUCAGUUUUCAGCUUUGUUUAGAUUAUAGUUUGAAGCUGUGUGUCUUCUAGAUCUUGAUGACAGCUGAAUGCUCAUUUGACUGUAAAAAGUAUUACUGACAAGGUCAUUGAUUGUAAUGACAUCAGUGUAGUAACUAUUGACAACGACUAUGUUGGGAUGUGCAAUUCCUUCUAUAACUGUGUUGUAUAUGUAUGUAUGGUUAGGGAAUGUCUCAUCCUAUUUUGAAUCUACUGAGACUUACAAUAUCAUUGUAUACAGAAUGAAACAGACUGAUUAAAUAAAUGAGAUGCAAUGAC